CUGCUUGGUUUCCACUUAAUUAAUUCAGCUAAUCUAAUGAUUUUUACGUAUAAUAAUUGUUUAUUGUUAAGGUAAACGUUAAUGUUUGUGGAUAAAAUAUAGCGAGUUACUUAUUUCGAAGUCAAUGAUCCACCCACUUCGUCGUUUUUAAUAAUUCCCGCAAACAAAAUCGUUAAUUGGCUUUUUUAAUUGGAUUUUUUUACACAAGACCAGGACAGAGGAAAAAGGAUUUUCAUCUCAGCAAAUGAGUAAAUAACUUCUCUGAACUUCCUUGAUUUUUCAGUUGAUCGUCAAAUCAAAAAGAAAAAGAAAAUAUAAUAGAACGCAUGGACCUUUGUUUUAAUCGUACUGUGCAGUUUCUUGAUCUGUUAGUAACACACACACACACACACUCACACAUCACCUAUUAGUUAGUCAUCUACAUGUGUACCUAUGCACAUUUUAUUUUUCACCUUACACUGUCGUAAUAAUAAUGUAGAAAAUGUAAUUCUGUUCGUCAACAAAAACAUAUGUGUGGAAUUUGGAGAAAAAAAAAUUACAUUGCAUAAUUUCCGUAUUUGUAAGCCGAAACUGAUAUUCUCGACAAAAAGGUAAACCGUAUAUUUACUCAAGACCAGGACAGAGAAGGACCCAUUUUAAUUACCAACGAAUGAGGGAAUAGGUUUCCUGAUCCUGCUUGACUUUUCUGUUGAUUGUCAAUUCAAAAAAACAAAACAAAAGAAAUACAACAGAACACACGGACUUUUCUUUCAUCCGCAGUGCACAGUAUAAAUUCAUACAUACACGCAUACUAAGGCACACAUAUAUACAUAUCAGUUAUUAGGCAUCUACAUGUGUUCAUAUACACAUUUUCUUUCAUCUUACACUGCCGUAUUGAUAAUGCAGAAAUUAUAAGUCUUUUCGCCUACAAGAAUAUAUUUUUGUAUGGAAAUUGGAAAGGACUGAACAAAACUCUUGUGGUCAGUAAAAAAUAUAUCAUUCCCACACUUGUGAACCGAAAUCUACGAGUCACGACUAAAAGUUGAACCAUUUGAGAUAAUACUUGACAUUUCUCAGAUUUUUGUCUCAGAUUCCUGAAGAAUUGAUAUGGAAGACGUAAUGAUAAUGUAGAAAAUGUAACAAAAAUAUAUGUGUGGAAUUUGGAAAAAAAAAAUAUACAUUGCAUAAUUUCCACACUUGUAAACCGAAACAGAUAAUAUUCUCGACAAAAAGCUAAACCGUAAGAAAUAAUUCUUUAAAACAUUUCUCAGAUUUUUGUCUCAGAUUCCUGAAGAAUUGAUAUGGAAGACGUUAAGGACUUGGACACUUCUACCACAACUGAUUUUACCGAUGUAGAUUCAGCAACAUCGAUAGAGAGAGACGAGAAACCUUUAUGGAGUGAACUAUUUAUUAAUCAAGCAUCGAUAAUUGGAACUAUUCCAAAAUAUUGCUGUGAGAUUUGUGGGAAAACCUUCGAUUCUGAACAGGAUUUCUUCACGCAUAAAGACGCACACAAUAAGGACAAACCAUUCCAUUGUGAAAUAUGUGGGAAAUAUUUUGCAUAUAACAGUUAUUUCAUAAGUCAUCAACGAAUCCAUACAGGGGAAAAGCCGUAUCAUUGCGAGAUAUGUGAGAAGUCUUUCACUCAGAAUUCUCACCUUGUUAUCCACAUACGUAGCCAUACGGGGGAGAAACUAUUUCGCUGUGAGAUAUGUGAUAAAUCCUUUGUUUCCAACAGCAAUUUAACAAAACAUAGGCGAAUCCACACGGGGGAAAAACCGUAUCAUUGUGAAAUCUGCUUCAAGUCUUUCGUCUCAAAUUGUAAAUUAACCAGACACAAGCGGAUUCAUACGGGCGAAAGACCGUACCAUUGUGAAACGUGCGGUGAAUCUUUCAUCUGUAGUAGUGUUUUAAACAGACAUAAACGGAUCCACACGGAUGCCAAGCUUUUUCAGUGUGAAAUCUGUGAGAAAACCUUCUUUGAUCAUGCUAAUCUUGUCAUUCACGAACGGAUCCAUUCCGGAGAGAAGCCGUUUGCCUGUGAAAUCUGCGGAAAAGCAUUCAUUACUAAUUCUAAGGUUACGAUCCACAAACGGAGUCACACUGGGGAGAAACUGUUCCCCUGUGAAAUCUGUUGGAAGUCUUUUGUCUCUAAUAAUGUCUUGACGAAACACAAACGAAUUCAUACUGGAGAAAAGAACUUCCAUUGUGAAGUGUGUGCGAAAGCGUUUGGUACUAACAGUGAUUUAAUCAGACACCGACGAAUCCACACGGGGGAGAAACCAUACCACUGUGACAUCUGUGGGAAAUCCUUUACUCAGAAUUCUUGCCUUGUUAUUCACACUCGUAGCCAUUCGGGAUUGAAACCGUAUCACUGUGAAGUGUGCGGGAAAUCUUUUGUUGAUAAUAGUAAUCUAAACAGACACAGACAAACACAUGCUAAAGAGAAAGCUUUUAACUUUAAAACUGUGGUAGAGGCUAAGCCUUUUAACCAUGACACUUCGGCAGAAGCUAAGGUUUUUAUCUAUGGAACUUCAGCAGAACCUGAGCCUUUUAACCAUGAAACUUCGGUAGAAGCUAAGGCUUUUAACUGUGAAACUUCGGUAGAGGCUAAGCCUUUUAACUCUGAAACUGUGGUAGAAGCUAAGCCUUUUAACUAUAAAACUUCAGUAGAAGCUAAGGCUUUUAACCGUGAAACUUUGGAAGUGGCAAAGCCUUCAAAAUGUGAAACUUCGGUAGAGGCUAAGCCUUUAAACUGUGAAACUUUGGAAGAGGCUAAACCUUCAAACUGUGAAACUUUGGAAGAGGCUAAACCUUCAAACUGUGAAACUUCGGUAGAGGCUGUCUGAUAUGUUUAUAAACAAUGACUUCCACGACAAAAUAGAAGGGACCAACCGCAUUCACUCAAUUUACAAAUAAAUCAACAUUGUACAAAAUGAGAACUGAGAUUAAUUAAACUGAGUUAAUUACUAUUCUAUGAUAUAUUUUAUUAACACAAAACAGCACACCUUGGAAUUUUUGUAGACAUUUGUUGAUUCUACAUGUGUAGUGUAAUUAAAAAUUUAUAAGCAAAUGAUAGAGUUUGUGAUUAUUAAAAUUAAUUAUACUGACUUAAUAAUCAUUUUAUAGUAUAAAUGAAAUAGAGCAUCACAGUUUAGAAUUUUGGCAAGCAUUUGGGGAUUCCAGCAUAGUUUCUAUGUGGUCCCUUUCAUUUUGUAAAGAAGAUUGUUCAUAUGCCUAUUCGACAUCUUUAUCAAACUUUUUCUUGUAUAUUUAAACUCAAGUUCACCAUGCAUAUAUUGCAGAAUGUACAUUGUGAAUUAUACUGAAAAAAAAAACAAACCCCAUUGUCUUUGAAUUCUUGUAAUCUAUGAAUGUUGUCUCUUUUGGGAGAAAUACUUCCAUUAAAGAUUUGGGAAAUUCUUA